GUUUUCGCGUGCAACAGCCAGGAAGAAAAAUUUGUACCAAAGGGACUGAUCCAAAUGCUCAUAAGACAGCGUGACUAUGCUCAAAUCUUCGCGCCUUCAACCUGUCUGAGACGGUACUCUGUGUUAUCUCAGAAGAACGUUAUCGCUAUCGCACCACAGAGUACUAGGAGCACCGUGGCCGACGCACAACCAACAGGGACUUUCUCGAUUGACACAGAAGCUCCGCUGCUCGGUCGCUGUUGAACAGAUGUCCGCAAGCGCGUAUUGCGAGCAAAUACAGCUGUUGCCUUCCACGGUCGCCGCGUGAAACGGCGUCGCAGAGCGUCGGUGCGCCGCAGUCAACACAGUGCCGAGCAUGUCGACGGAAGAGCGGCUCAAGAGCGACCCCGUGUUCGGAAUGGACUCGCGACGCAGCUGGGUGACGGCCGCCUUCUGCAGUGCCUUGCUUUUCCUCACCCUCUCAACCAUAAGCGUGAGCGGCGUGUUCUUCUACGGCAUCGUCGAAGCCUUUGGCGUGAGCAGGGAGCAGGCGUCGUGGCCCGUCACUCUUAGCGGGAGCAUGCUGCCUUUGGCAGGUCCCCUUACUGGCCUGCUAUGUUCUCGCUUCUCCUGCAGAAAAGUCCUGCUCGUCUGCUCUUUCCUCACGGGCAUCGCUGUGAGCCUGUGCUACUUCGCAGAAAGCACCCUCUUUAUUGUCGUCUUCUUUGGAAUUAUUAACGGGAUCACGCUUUCGGGGCUCUACAUCGCUGUUAACCUGCUCGUGGCACAGUACUUCGAGAAGCGGAGGGCCACCGCCUGCAGCUUGAUGUUCACCGCCGGAGGACUCAACACAACCGUCUUUCCACCGCUUAUAGAACUCUUCUACUCACGCUAUGGUAUCCACGCAGCGUUCUUACUCUAUGGAGCCAUCUUGAUGAACGCAUUUCCGUGCUGCAUCGCUCUAAGAGACCCACCAUGGUUAGAUAAGCACAAAUUCUUGAGCAAAAGAAAACGCCGAACGUUGGACACUGUUAGCACUACAAGGACUCCUGUAGGCGGCGAUACCACUUCCCAAGACACCAAUAUUGCGAAAUGUGUUGAAAGUAACGAUGAACUGCAUCUUUUCUUGGACAAAAGGAGUGUGGAGGAAAAUGGGCAACGUAUCAGCUUAACUAAUACCAAUGGUACACCCACCUCCUCCCGCUUUUCGACGAGUAGCAGGCUGGAGAGAAAUUACGUAGUUGACUGUUUCAAGCAUAAACUGGCACCAUUCGCCACACUAUCAUUUUUAGUGAGUGCUGCGUCGUUCACGGUUGUGAACUUUGGCAUGGCAUUAUACGUCAUGCUUUCAACAGACCUAGCAAGUGACCAUGGCGUUGAACCUUCAAGCUCAGUUUAUCUUCUUCACGCUUUCUCCGCGAGUGACAUCGUCUCCAGAGCUCUCAGCGGUGUCAUCAUCGACUCUAAGAUUCUGUCCCUGGAGGCCGUGAUGCUCCUGGGGUAUCUUGUGCAAGGUGCCGCUUUCGAGAUGCUCGCGUGGUUUGGUACGUUCCACAUGAUGCUGGCUGCUUCGGCGCUGAUGGGCCUCACAUGCGGCGCGAGGAUCGCCCUUCAAGCCCCCGUGGUUGCGAAAGACUUUGGUAUCAAGAAGCUUCCCGUCGUUAUGGGAUCAAUCUACUUCUGCAUUGGCGUAGCGUUGCUUCUGCGCCCACCAAUCGUCGGCUACUUCCGAGACAGGCAUGGAUCCUACAGCGGUCUCCUUCACUCCACAGCCAUCGUCAACGGUUUGAUGGUGGUUGUCUGGAUCAUAAAACUACUCAACGGCAGGAAACAAGUUUUACCGACAAAGGCAGACCAGUACUCGGAGGAAAUUCGAAAGGAAAUAGGGACGGAGCUCCUGGAGCCGGGCAGAACAGCAGCAAGUGAUGUUGGGCAGUGAUACCUGGAUACGUCGCAACGCCACCAAGGGUGUUAAUUGAACGCUUGCCACGUGUAAAACAACCGCACCUCCUAACCAGAUGCUAGCGCAGCGUGGACAACGACUACAAGCGCUCACCGCACCGUUACCUGGAAACCAGAGAAAAGGAUGAACGGGAGGGAACCACGACAACGGGAAUGGACAGGUGCCUUUAAUUAGACGAGUCAAGUCACCACCCAUCCCUCGGCAUUUAUCCAGCCGUCAAGACGGCGUGUAAACCGGCUCUUGCAGUAUUCCACGAAAGCCGCUCACCUUGCAGGCUGAGCGAAGAACGGGCUGGGCAACGACGAAUGAACCAGGUGUCGCCGCAUGAUUUCUUUCUUCGACAAAUUCCAAAACAGUUUCUACGACGCGGAGUUACUGCGGGUUAUGGAUAGCGUAGGCGUAGUAUCGCAUCGGAGUCGACGAUGGCGAUAUGCUGCUGGACAGACCUCCGAUUCCCUAGUUGACUUGCCUAGGGAAGACGAGAGAAAUAAAAGCAAAUACUUCUCGUGAAUGAGGACAUAGGGUCCUGAUGUGAAGUAAGACGUUAACUUGCAUCAAAUAUAGAGUGGGCUUUCGCACUGGAGCCAUGUAAAUAGGCUAAAUAAACCCUUUCUCCUUCAUAUUCUACAACUUGAUGUCGUAAUCGAUGGGCUUGAAGGAUUCCAUGCCCCGAACGUGACCUUUACAGCGGACGUGCGUAACGAAGCGUCGACGUCGAAACUGUGUGCUUUCACUCUCCCAAACUUCGGCUCUUUGCUUAGUGAUAUCCCUUCUGCUGAGGACUUCACUGACGACAGCAGCACCGCGUUAUCGUGGAGCUGUCUCCAUGCGACAGUGCGCGCACAGUUGUUCGUGUGCGUCUAUGUGCAUUUGACUGUUCCGGCUACUAUGAGUGAGUCUUUUCGUGUGACUCUGUGGGCACCGCAGGGGUGAGAACAAUGGCCAGCCCUGUACGAACCUGUUCCCCCAUAACGGAUAUGUGCGUGGGUAUAAAUAAGUGCAGCGACAAUGUUGCA